UGCUGGACCGGAGCGACUCGGCACCAACAACCAGCCGCCGGCUGCUGCUCCUCUGUGCUGAGGGAAGACUCGGUGCAGCCAGGAGCUCCCCCCCCCCAACGCCGUCACCUCUCACGGUUAACGACAUGGCCUCCGACGGCAUGGACGAGCGAUCUCCGCUGCUGUCGGGCCCCAACUCCGAGAACGUGACCCCCACCGCUCCGCCGUACCUGCAGGAUUCAAGUCCCCGAGCCGAACUACCUCCUCCUUACACAGCCAUCGCCAGCCCCGACGCCGGCGGUGUGCCUGUCAUCAACUGCCGAGUAUGCCAGUCGCUCAUCAACCUGGACGGAAAGCUGCAUCAGCACGUGGUCAAGUGCACCGUCUGCAACGAAGCCACGCCUAUCAAGAACCCCCCUACAGGGAAGAAAUAUGUGAGGUGUCCCUGCAACUGCCUGCUCAUCUGUAAAGACACGUCCAGGAGGAUAGGAUGUCCUCGACCCAACUGCAGACGCAUCAUCAACCUGAGCCCGGUGAUGGUGAUCCCAGAGGAGCAGCCCGCCCAGCCGGCACUGCCCAUCCAGCCUGAGGGGAUGAGGGUGGUCUGCGGACACUGUGGCAACACCUUCCUAUGGAUGGAGCUUCGGUUUAACACGCUAGCCAAGUGUCCCCACUGCAAAAAAAUAUCCUCUGUUGGCAGUGCGCUCCCUAGGAGGCGCUGUUGUGCUUAUAUAACUAUAGGAAUGAUCUGCAUUUUCAUUGGAGUGGGUUUAACAGUUGGCACUCGGGGCUUCGCCAGCCGCUACAACGCUACCUACGUGUCCUGGGCGUUCGCCUACCUGUUGGGCCUCAUCUGUCUGAUACGAGCCUGCUACUGGGGUGCCAUCAAAGUCAGCUACCCAGAGAACAGCUUCGCCUAGAGCGGGCUCAGCACGGCCCCGCACGGCACGGCACGGCACGGCCGGCAGAACAACCCAUGCGUUUAGUUCUUUUCAUCUUGUUCAGAUUUCAGACCGGUCACGUUCAGCGGAGCGUCUGGACAGGAGUGCGCUGAAGAGGUGUGUGUGUGUGUGUGUGUGUGUUUUGAAGAGGCGUGUGCUGGAGAUGUUGCGUUUGUGUUCUGAGAUGUUUCAGAGAGUUUCGACCGGCUGAACAAACCUAAUGUACAUCCAUCACUCCUCCUACACAUCCACAAGGACUCAAAUCCUGCCCAGGUUUUUGCCAAAAUCCAGAAUCAAGAACUCAAAAAAGCUGAUUUUUCUUGAUGAAUGCCAAAAUUAGCUGAUUAAAAAUGAUAGUUUAGCAAACUGGCUGGAUUUGGUCUUUCUGGACCAGUUUUUUUCUUCUUUUCUCUGUUUUUCAGCAGCCUGACUGAUACCCACUUGAUUUCUUUUGUUACUGACCAGACCAAAAUGAGACGACCUCCUAAGAACAGUUUGCCCAUUGCACUACGAUUAUAUGCAAUUGUAUGUGUUGUUUUGCUGCUAGUUUAACUCCAGCUACAGGAAGCUGCAUAUCCAUACUGUCUUGUAACGUUUACCUUGCCUGUGUACACUGACAUAGUAUUGCUAUAUGAUUUUAACUCUCUAAAUGAUCGAUUUUUAAAAGAAAUCCUCCUUAAAUACCCAUGUGUGCCAACUUUGCUGCCCAGUAUUAGUCAAGAAGAGCAUCAGGAGCUUGUUUUUCUUUUGUUUUUUAUCAGUGAUAUUUUUUGUGCCAUGCAGCUUUUAACUCACUACAGCAAUAACCCUCUGACCGGAGUUAUUUUGAAGCCUCCCCGCUGCGUUUCGUCCACUCUCUGGUGGAAAAUGAAAACACACGUUUGCAUGUUCACUUGUUUAUGUUCUGUCACUGAAGUGGUGUUUUUUUCUGUUUCGGAGAGGUGGCUAAAGCUUACGAUGCUCCUGUCUUUGCUCCUUCUGCCUGUGAGUUAGAAUGUAAACCCUCCUCCUCCUCCUCUUCCUCCCCUCUGCUUCUAUCGACCGCUCUCCGACCUCCAGUGAACUCUGUGCUAGCUAGCAUUGCUAUAGGCUAACUCCUGUCUCUUGACCUUGACCAGUGGGUACAGUUCAAACUUCAAACCUUGUUUUGAAUGUGAUGAUGAUGUUAUUGAUGAAGAUGGUGAUGAAGCAGAAAAUAAUGUAAAAAAAAAAAGAAAAAAAACAGCUUUGUACAUAGUCCAGAUUCAGUACUUGGAACACUGUAGUG